GGUUUCGGCUUCUAAACGACCGAUUCCAGAGCCACAGGAGAUGGUAGCAAUAUCGCUGAUAGACAUCAGGAAGGAGUUACAGUGCCCUAUAUGCCUUGGCAUCAUCAGGCGGACGCGCACAGUCAUGGAGUGCUUGCACCGAUUCUGUGGAGACUGCAUCGACAAGGCCAUCAGGCUCGGCAACAACGAGUGCCCCUCGUGCCGCGCUCACUGCGCCAGCCGAAGGUCCCUGAGGGCUGACCCGCGCUUCGAUGCACUGGUGGCUGCUGUGUUUCCCAACCGAGACAGGAUCGAGAAGGAGGUAGUUGUGUUGGAGGGAGGGGGGGGGAGGGGGAAGGAUGGGGAGUUAAGGUGAAGGUGUAAACCCAAGGUGCAGGUCAUGCUGUGAUGGCUGACCCGCACUUCAAUGCGCUGGUGGCUGCUGUGUUUCCAAACGGGGAUAGUAUCGAGAAGGAGGUGAGAUGGAGGAGUGAGGGUGGGGGAGGUAGCCUUGUGGAAUACCAAGAAGCUGGUAGUGUUGAGGGCUGACCCGCGCUUCGAUGCGCUGGUGGCUGCUGUCUUCCAAAACCGGGGAAGGAUCGAGAAGGAGGUGAGAUGGAAGGAGGUAAGAUGGAGUGAUGGGGGAAAGGGAUGAAUGGAGAUUCAUGUUAAGAAGGGGUUCGAGAUGUCUCAAAGCACGUCUCUUGUCACAUCGAUGAUGGCAAGAGAAGUCGACUUGUAAUGCCUGUUCCUGGUCCCUUUCAUCUCGUUUCUGGCCCAGAAUAGGAUCUGAAACGUGUUGGUCCUUUUUUGCGCACGUCUCUCUCUUUGCCACAAAUGGGAUACUCGGCUUUGUGCCUUUUCUCAUCGCAUCAAGCACGUCACACUCUUGAGGCGCCUAAAAAAGGGUGACUCAGCUCUGAACUGUUUUCAUUUCAGACUCAAAAAUCACCGGCGACUCAAAAAGGGUGACUCAGCUCUGAACUGUUUUCGUCUCAUUAAGUGUCACAUC